AAGUGAAGAAUGAAAAAAAAUAUUUUAUUCAAAAAAAUAAUAAAAUAUAAAAAUAUUAUUCGUCCACUUAUUUUUAUUUUGAAUACAGUGUUGUAUUUUUCAAUGUUCAAUAACAAAACUUAAACUUUCAGUUUCACAUUUUUUUUCUUCGAAUGAAGAAAAAUUUUGACCUGGAUUUGGCUCCAUAGGGGUGCCCCCCUUUUUCAAUGCACAGUUCGCACAACAUUGCAUUAAGACCGGGACCAACGCAAUUAAUUACUUUCAUCUUUAAUUCUUUCAGAAAGUAAAGAUGCAGUACGACUUAUCCUCACACAUUUGCAAUUUGCUUCAAUUGCUUUGUGUCAUGGUGAGGUUUGGCUGAUCACAAAAUGUCUAGUUUACUUCUAAUUUUCCCACAACAGCCCUGGCUAGGACCGUCACCAGAGUAGUAUAAGACAAGUAUUUCAAUCGGCACUGGCAGUGAAAAGAAGCACCAACUAGACUUAUUUUUUUGACUAGUAAACCAUAUUUAAUGUCAUACAAGCCUACAUGUUGUUCUACACACACAAGUGUUUGUUUAGUGUUACCAUUUUUAAAUUGUGUGUUACUGGCUCUAUGCAAAGCAAAGUUCUCUGCAUUUUGCUUAUGUGUUCAUUUCGUUCCAGGAAAUGGUAAGUGUGCUUUGGAAUUUGCGAAAUGGCCAUGAUGUAUAUAGCUUGCAGGGAGUAUUUAAAAAAAUAAAUUGUUCUGUUGUGCUUUGAAUGGCCUAAUUAAUGUUUGGACAAAGUCUGCUAUGUUCAAAUAGUAAACAUCCAUAGAAGGUUAUGUAGUCUUUCUUUAAGGGCAGGCAGAUAUUUAUUAUUUCUAUAUGGCCCAGAGCUUUCAUGUCUGUAGUGUCCUUGCAGGUUUAAUCAAUAGUUUCUGUCUUGCAUAAUGUUGCUUUGCUUUCCCUGUCCUCAAAGAAAAGCACUGUGGGACUACAAGAAAUACAACUUGAGCCUCGCUGUGCACACUGACAGACAUUUGCACCUUGCUCCUACCCUUCGUUUGGAGCCCAGUGCAACAUUCCCCCUGGCCAACAACACCAGAGGGACCCAUUUCCUAUUUGGACCUGUGGCUGGUGCUGCUGCAGUGACAUCUUUCCGAUUGGCUCAGAUUGAGACUCGUGUGCAGAUUGCUCUCCAGCAGCUUGCUACACUAGCGACCAUCACCAUUGGCAACCAGUGUCACAACGACAACGGAUUGGCACUGCCGCCUCACCUGGCCCUCCUGAGUCUUCUCAAUAGACGGCAGGUUUCAUCAGUUGGGUUUAACGUGAGCACAAACGGAAAAACAUACAGAAACUCAAGUCUUUCUGCUGCCAUGUAUCACCAGCACUCGCAACAACAAGGGACACCGCCUUUCUCUAGUGGACUGAGACCUCCUCUUCAUCAGCAACCCCCAAAUCAGAAUCAGAGUCGUCCUCCCUCGAAUAUGCUGUCGCCGGUGAUGGGUUUCCCGUUUCCUCGUCCUACACAGCUUCCUGAUGAGCUGGAGUCUGCCCUGGCUAUCCGGGGUGCUAGAGAUGUGGAUCACCGCCACAUUGACCAUAUGAACCAUCCGAACCAACACCAGAACCAAGGCUCUGCUUCUGGGAUCAGUCAACACGGAAGUUUCAGUUCUAACCCAAUGACACUCUCCUCGGAUAAUCAGUCUGGUCACCAGCCAGGAGUAGACUGGUCAAGCUACCAACCUCCAACUAAACUAUUUGCGGGUCCUCCGCCCAGUGCUAGCCAUCAGUCCCAAAGACAACAGGGGCCUCAACAGCAGCCACAGAGCAGCCUUGCUGGAACAAGCAUCCCAAGCUGGACAGCCCCAGUAAGUGACUCACCAUCCCCCCAAGCACGACAUCCCAAUGCUGGCGGAAGUGGUGGCAGUGGGGAUGGUCAUGCUUUGUACACACCAGAGAGUGCGGGAAGCAUCCUGGCUAGCUUUGGACUCUCAAAUGAGGACUUAGAAGUGCUGAGUCACUACCCUGACGAUCAGCUGACCCCAGAUACUUUACCAUUCAUACUUCGUGACAUCCAAAUCAACAAGUCGGGCAACCAGAAAACUGUGGCCUCUACGUCGUCAUUGUCCUUCUCGCGCAGUGUUCACGAUAUGCCGCUGCCUCCUUCCCGCUCGCCCUUGAAACGUUCACGCUCACCAGAAGUACCCAGCCUUCUUACUGUUACACAGACUGCAGGUAAAGUCAUUGACUAUGGUCAUGCCAGUAGGGCAAAGGCAGAGACUGGUACCAGAGAAAUAUUCAAGAGAGAACGCCUCUCUAAUGAAAGGACAGUCAAAAUGUUUCCGUCCUCGUCAGCUCCAAAGUUGGAGAAAGUGGCAAGGCGGCAAGUUCGUCUGGAACACAAUGAUUCGAGUAAGCACGGAGACCGGGACUAUCGCAGGACGAGUAGCGACCAUCGCAAGAGCACUCGGUCACCUGGGAGAGAAUUUCCACGGUCAUCCAAAUCUCGUAAUCUGGACCGGGACUACAGGCGCGACGCACCCAAACCUAGGCCCCCAUCUGAAGCCAAGAGCGAAGCAUCCUCGAGACGGUCUCUGUCCUCUUCGUCUGGCUCAAGACCACGCGUCAGCAGCAAAAAGUUACCGACCCCCACCAUGAUAAGCGAUUUCUCAGCUGUGUCGCCAAAGGUGUAUCCGCAUACCUGCUCCCUGUGCCACGCACAGUGUGAUCAGGAAAAGGACUGGGUUGACCAUGUUAACACCGUCAACCACACGGCUGCCUGCAGAGACCUGCGCAACAAGUACCCUGGCUGGAAACCAUAUCUACCAAGUCGGAGCGGACCAUUUGGCAGCCGGGCUCCGUGGGACCCCAAGACCCACUCUCCAUCCCACUCUUUGUCUCGCUCGCUCUCUGGUUCUCGCACCCCGAGUCCUCCUCUAGGCAGAAAAGUGGCCCCCCGUCCCCAUAGGGCGAACAAGGGCCCCUUCUCACCUCACAAUCAGGCCCGUCUGCAAUACUACAAAGAGUGUCUUCCUCCAAGGGGCGUGAAGCGUCCUCACGAGGAUUUCAACAAGUUCUCGCCUGGAGCCGGCCAACAUCCACCCUCCUCUAAGGCGGGUUGUAGCUCCAAACAUGGACCACUGCAGACCUUCACCAAAACGGGGAAGAAUGGGACGAAGACCGGAACCAAGGCAUCCAAGUCGUCUGCCAAAGUUCCACCAGCCAAGAGGAAGAAGAAAAUGGUUCCUCCCGCCUCCCAGGACUCGUUUGUUGCAAAUCGUCUGGUGUAUCUGACAGGCAUCCCGAAGGACGCGUCCGAGCAGGAUGUCACCGACUUGGUGGGGUCCUUCGGCAAGAUCAACAAUGUGAUUCUCAUGGCGUGCUCGGAGGAGGAGAGGCAGACCGGGGAAGGACAAAAGGCAUCUGUGUGCAUGGUGAAGGCGGAAUGCGCCCUGACUUUGGCCAGCUCCACAACUCUCUCCAUCAGAGGCCAACAGAUCACUGCUUCAAUCGCAAAGAAAACUGAAGCAGGCCCGUCUUUGGACACGACCAACAGCAAACCGCCGCCAGCGCAGGACAAAGGGGACGCUGAGGAAGACUCUGGUAGCAAGACGAAGAUCUGUGAGGCUGCGACACCUGGCGACAAAAUAAUAGGCGAGGCCCACCAGAAGACGUGUGAUGAGAGCAUGGUGCUGAUCUCGGGGCUUCCUGCGAGCGGCUGGGCGGAGAGCGACAUCCUCCAGCUGGUCCAGACCUUCGGAACUCCCUUGGACGUCAUCACGGCAACACAAAUGGGAAAGGUCCUUGUGUCAGUGGCAGACAUGGAGAUUGCUCAAGAGAUGGUGAAAGUUAACGCCUCCAGGCCUGCAAAGAUUGAAGACAGUGAGCUGAAGAUGACUCAUCUCAGGCCGCGCGUUGGUCUCAACACCCCGGUGGCUCUCUACAACCUGCUGAUGGGAUCACUGGACCCAUUAGAGAGUUCUUCUGCAGUCGGCUGGAGCUCCCUGUUGGUGAUCAGUAAUGUUCCCAACACGCCGUCUGGCCCCGCCGAGGUCCAGAAACUGGUGCGACGCUUUGGUACUGUCAUGAAGACGCUAGAGCUAAACAAUACGGUCAUUUGUGAGAUGGCGACUGCAGCUAUGGCCUUGUCUGUGUACAAACGCUUCCAGAAGUUUCCAUGCAUCAUCCAUAACAACCCGCUGUUCUUCUCCCGCAAGCCUGACCCCAAGGCCACCAUACAGACCAAAGUCAUCCCGGCAUCCCUGGAGCCAGCCGAGGGACCCCCUGCAGCUGGCAAAGGCAGCCAAGCAGCAGCAGCAGCUGCAGACAAAGAGACAACACAUACAGAUAAUUCAGAAUCUCCAUUGGCGGGGAUUGGAGCGGAUGCAAAGCUGCAUAGCACUGACGAGGUGGUUGGUGAAGACCAAGCUUUGAAAGCAAACAGGAGCCAAGAUGAGGACAUGCAAAAAGACAUGCUCACUGUUGCUGCUUCUGACUCGUUGGCUACACCACAAACCCAACCAGAAGCAGAUCUGGAGACACACCUGAGGGAAAGAUCAGAUGUUGAAACUGUUCUGGAGACAGUGGAGGAGACCAAAGGUGUUGAUAACCAGACAGCUGCUGGUGAAGAGACAAAGACUUGUAGUUCUGAAGGCGAAGCGGCUUCCCAGGAGGCGGCCAUGCCAGAGCUCCCCAAGGUUACACAGGAGAUGGUGAAUGCACUUCUUGUGGAGUGCAGAACCAGAACCGUGGGCCCAGCAGCUCCCACCAACAGGGGACAAGGUGGGACACCGACGGAGACAGAGCAGAGUAACAAAGCAACUGAGGAGACCAAAGUGCUGGCCAAGGACCACACAGAGGACCACUUGAAGAAGGAGCUAAAAGAGAAGGGGACACGGAAGGAGAAGGAGGCCAGGGACCGAGAGAGGAGGGAAAAGGAGAGGCGGAACUGUGAGAAGGAGCGAACCAGGCGAGAGAGGGAGCACAAUGAAAAGGCCAGAAGGGACAAGGAGGAGAGGCGAGAAAGAGAGUGGCGGGAGAGGAAGAGAGCCUACAGUGAAGCUCGGUCAGGGUCACGGUCAUUCUCCUGGUCAGAGGAACACAAGCAGAGCUCCUGGAGUGAUGGACAGUACAACAACACUGAAGCAGAGGCUGAAAUGGUGGACGAGGAGUUUGAUGGCUUCCCAUUCAACUUAAGUGACUUUGUGACGGUAGAUGAAGUUGGAGAUGUGAACGACCUUCCUUCCGCUACUUUCCCCUCUGUUCCCAUGGAAACCGCUGAGGGAGGGGAGGAUGCUCCUACAUCCGUCCAACAGAAAACUCCAGGGGUCACGCCCAUGGAGGUUUCCACGGAAACAUCAGUGUUGGAUGUCCCAGCACCCCUGGUGACGGGUGAUGUGACGUCAGAUGUUUGUGAGUCGGGGGAGACUCCAGCCAGCCCAACAUCUGCACCAACAUAUCCACCAGAAGGGCCGGAGACCACACCUCCGAUAGAAAUGUGUGUCAUCAUUCUGGACUCCACCACUGAAGUUGAACCUGCAGCGUCCGCUGAAGCCUCCACUAACAGCCCAGAAGUAGUGGUGGCUUCCCAGAGGGAGAACGGGGAGAAUCCACUCAGCCACAAUCACACUACAAUGGAGCACACAGCGUUUGACAAAACAGAGGAAGAGGAGAAGAAGCAGGACCAAAAUACAGUGGACAAUGGAACGCAUGCGCAGUUUGAAGCUUCCAGCACACAGGAGGCUGUGCACAAGAAGUUCCCAACAGCCCACUCCCUCCCUCCUUUUAACCCCAGCAGCCCAGUUGGUUUGGAGUACCUGGUCCCAAAGACGGGUUUCUUCUGUAAAGUAUGUAAUAGGUUCUUCACUGGAGCCAAAGAGGCAGAGAGAAACCACUGCAAGACCCUCAAACACUAUGAGAACCUCCAGAAAUACUUGAAGACCACGGACCUUGCGGAUGUGUCGGUCAAACCGGACUCCAUCUGAAGAUCCUGACUGAAUUUACCAUUCCCCUCUUGUUGUGUUGUCUCAUCAUUUCUACAAAGGGUCCAAAUUCUCACGUUGAUGUAGAUUAGUCUUAUGUCUUUGAAUAUCUGCUACAGAUCUUUUCAUGUGCAACUAACAUAAAAUGAGUAGAAACUGUGAGCGAGUUGUCUGUAAGGACUGUGCACGUCAAUAAACCAUUUGACUAGA